AUGAUUCGCUGUGCCAAAACGGUUGUAAUAGCAUUAUUUCUUUUCGUUUUUUCCGUAUACGUCUCGUUUACGUUCUGUUCAAUCGCCGAAUUGUUUUGGUCUUCCGAUUCAUCAGAAGUCGAACUAUGGUUGCAACAGAACCAUUUAGAAAAGUACACGGAUCUGUUUAAAUUAAAAGGCAUCUCCCAGUUGGCCCAGUGCGGACAAUUAGGCGAGCUGCCCGAGCUGCCGGCGCCCGACGAGCAGCGGCUCCAAAAGGCGGCGCUGCACCUCCAGCAGCGGCUGGUGCUGCGCCAGUGGCUCUACAAGUACAACUUGAACGCGCACUAUCCCAAGUUGCUGGCCGCCGAGGUCGCCUCGCUCGAGGACGUCUACUGGCUGGAGGACAACAAGGCCAAGCAGGUGUUCAAUAAGGAUUUCCCCAAGUGGUCGGCGGCCAGGCAAUCUCUGCCCAUAUCGAAGCAACGUUUGGAUAUACUCAAAUCGGAUCUUUGGUCUGAAGUUGUGAAGAGCAGUCAUCACCAAGACGCGUGGACAUGGGGAGGAAUGUUGGUGGUGUCCGUAUCAGUCGCCGGUUUGGUCACGUUGGCCGCCAUGACCCAGCCAUCGCUAGCGCCCGAAGCCAAGCACUCGCUGUUGCAGUACGUGACCGGCAAGUACCUGUUGCCGUCCAAUUGCAAGGUGAACUUCCAAUGGUCCUGUCCGCACCCCGUCGGCCAAACGGUCUGCUUCACCGUGCAAUUCUACCAGCGCAACGGGCAGCCUUAUCCGAUCUGUGAUACCGAUAAUUUCACCGUCGACGUUAGCGGCGGCUCGAAGAAGUUGGCCGUCAUCACGGAGCUGGGCUCGUCGACGGACCCGAACGGCGCCAACGUGGCCAAGGUGAAGUUCACCGUCCGCCAUGCCGGCCAGUACAGGAUCUCGGUGAUGGUGGGCACGCAACACGUGGCCGGCAGUCCGUUCGCGACGGUCUUCGUGGCCGGGCCGGCGUACGCGCAACGUACGAUGGUGGUGAGGCAUUGCAGUACCGUCGUGUGUACGGCCAACGUGGCGCAUUUGCUCUACAUCGAACCGAGGGACGAAUACAGCAACGUUUGCCGGUAUUCCUCCGGUGAUAGUCCCACUGAGGGAUAUACUGUAGAUAUAGUACAAUUAGGUUGCCAGUCGCUGGAGUCCGAAUUAGACGUAGGCAUCGAAAAUUAUACGAUUAGUUUAGAUUACGAUUGGGAAACGCAACGGGUGAGCGUCCAAUUGAAGUUCGUCAGAGAGGGAUGCUAUCACGCUACGAUUUACUAUCAGGGCACCGAGUUGCACAACGGAGAUUUCGAUAUAAUCGUGUUGAACAGCGUCGAUUCCACGUUAGUGCACAAGAACGUGGCUUCGAAGAACCACAACAUUUGCUACGACGCUAAAUUGAUCGGCAUCCAAGGCGAGCGAGUAGCGAAACCGAAGAAAGUCCUGUGCUACGUGUCCCCGAAGCAGCUUAUAAUUAAGGAACUCAUUUUGAAGUUUAUACCAAAGAGACUGUUUACUUUUAGAUUAUGCCCUUCCACCAAGUUUGCAUUCCACGCGGACACCGUGAAAUCGAGCGAGUUCUACGCGAGCUCCUUUUCGGUCGACGACGGUUGUCAGCCGAAGAUCGAGCUGGUCUCGAAAGACAGGAACGUGAUAGCGGCCACGUUCGCCCAAUUCCUCCUAAAAAACAUGGGCGGCUCGGAGACGUUCAAGGACAAGCAGGACUUCUUCUACCACGAGGUGCGCAAGUACCACCAGAAGCACUACCACGAGAAGCUGUCGAUGAAGGUGGCCAGGGAGCGGCUGUUGGAGAGCAGCAUGAAGGCCACCAAGAGCUUCUCGGUGGCCGAUUGGUGUCGCAACUUCGAGGUGAACUUCCAGGGCGAGCAGGGCAUCGAUUGGGGCGGUUUGCGGCGCGAAUGGUUCGAGUUGAUAUGCGAGCAGCUGUUCGACGCGAAGAACGAUCUGUUCGCGAGCUUCCACGAGGGGCAACAGUCGCUGGUGCAUCCGAAUCCGGCGAGAUCGGGGAGUUUGAAGUUGAAGCAUUACGAAUUCGCCGGGAAGGUCGUGGGGAAGUGCUUGUACGAGAGCGCUUUGGGGGGAUCUUACAGGCAAUUGGUUAGGGCUAGGUUUACGCGGUCGUUUUUAGCGCAAGUUAUCGGAUUGAGAGUGCAUUAUAAGUAUUUCGAACAAGACGAUCCGGAUUUGUACUUAUCGAAAAUCAAAUAUAUACUGGAGAAUAAUGUGGAUGAUAUCGAAACCGAGUUGUAUUUUAUCGAAGAACAAUACGAUUCUAACGGUCAGUUGGUGAAAACCGUCGAAUUGAUACCAAACGGUUCGAAAAUCAAAGUAACGAAUAACACGAAACUACAAUAUUUAGACGCCUUGGCCCAAUACAGGUUAGCGACGAGCAUCAAAGACGAAAUGGAGGCCUUCCUCAGAGGCUUGAACGAACUCGUGCCCGACAAUCUCCUCAGCAUCUUCGACGAAAACGAGCUAGAAGCGUUCCAGUUGCUGUUGUGCGGCACCGGCCAGUACAGCAUCGCCGACUUCAAGGCGCACCACGUGGUCAACGGCAAUUCGACCGAAUUCAGGCGCAUCGUCGGCUGGUUCUGGGCGGCCGUCGGGAAUUUCACGCAGGAGGAGAUGGCGCGACUGUUGCAAUUCACGACCGGCUGUUCGCAAUUGCCGCCCGGCGGCUUCAGGGAGCUGACGCCGCGCUUCCAGAUCACCGCGGCGCCCACCUUCGGCAACCUACCCACCGCGCACACUUGUUUCAACCAAUUGUGCUUGCCCGAUUACGAGUGUUACGAGCAUUUCGAGAAGUCCCUUUUGCUGGCGAUUAGCGAAGGAACGGAGGGCUUCGGAAUGGUUUGA